AUUACGCAUGCGUAAACAUUUUUCCAGGUCUGCGGUUUUAGUACGAUCGAAAUUGAACUUUAGAACGACAGGAUAUAGCACUAACCAAAGGGAGUUUCAUUCCAAUUUUUUAACAUGUCAUAAUGUUAAAAACUCUUUAAUUAAAAUACGGGUGUUUACAAAUGAUGCAGAAGUUGUAUUUCCAAAACGUCACAUUAAAACUCGCUUGAAAAAUAAUUUAAAAACAUCAUCUCAAAAUAGAAUUCAUGAAGAAUUUUUGACUUAUGAAAUUUACUCAACAAAUGCUUAUCAUGUUUUAGAUUUAAAAAAAAUCAAAAAAAUACCUCAAGAAAGUAUUUUGCUUCGUACUAUUAAAAACAACAAAGAAAUUAUAUUUAAGCAUUAUCUUCAAAAUUGUUUUUAUGAAGGAAGAGUUCGCGGACACGAAGAUUCCCAUGUAUUCAUCAGUACUUGUAGUGGAGGAUUACUAGGAACAAUUAAAGAUAAUAAAACACUAUACAGUAUAAUGCCUCAGCUUGAUCAAAAUGGACAUUAUUUUCGCAAGAUAAGAGAUGUAAUUCAAGAUAGUUCAGUUCAGAAAAAUAACAUAAAAGAUAAGUGGCAUGCAAAGUCAAAAAGAUCGGUUGGUUUGGUAGAAUUAGUUGAUAUUGAGCCUAAAUACCUUCAUUAUCUUUCAAGAAACAAAACACUAUAUGUAGAGUUGUUUGUUAGCUGUGAUCACAGAAUGCUACCAAUGUACAACAACAAUCAUACUGUUUUAAUUGAGAGAGUCUUAAAUAUCAUUGCUCAAUCUGACAUGAUUUAUCAAGCUAUUAAUGUGCGUUUAGUUGUUGUUGCAAUUGAAAUUCAAGAAAACAAAGAUUAUUUUAAUCGUGGUACAAAUUCAUAUGAAGAUCUUCUUAGUUUUAAUGCUUAUUUUAAUCAAACAAUAAAAAACAAUUCAUCUCUUAAAGUUAUGAAUUUAGAUGGUGGCAUUUUUUUCAGUCAUAUAAAAUAUGUAGACAAAGGAAAUUCAUUUCCAUCUUUUUGUGAAGAUUAUUCUAGUUUAGUUCAUGAGUGGGAUUAUGAAGAAUUUGAUAUUAAAGUAAUGAACUAUUUGUUUGGAUAUCAAAUGGGAUUUAAAAAUGAGGAUGAAAAAACAGAUUGCAUGUGUUUAACUGCUAAGGGAUGUGUUAUGCAAGAAGUCAAAUCUCGAGGAACAGGCUUUUCAAACUGCAAUAUAGAUGUUUUAAAUAAUAAUGCAUAUGAAUGCCUUGCAAACUACCCUUCUACUCAAUUUGGAAAAAUUUGUGGCAAUGGAAUUCGUGAGGAUGAUGAACAAUGUGAUUGUGGUACUUUAGAGAUGUGUCGAAGAAAUGAAGAUCAUUGCUGUGAACCAGAAAGUUGUGUUUUAAAAGUCGAUGCACAAUGCAGUCACAUAAUCAAUCCUGACUGCUGUCAGUCAAAUUGUCAUUUCAAAAGACAAGGCACUUUAUGCAGAGACAAAGUCAAUGAGUGUGACAUAGCCGAGUACUGCAGUGGAGACAAUGAAACUUGUCCAGAUGACAAAAUACUUCGUGAUGGAACUUCUUGCCAAUCUAAUAUUUGGUUUCUUGAACAGCAUGUUAAACAGGAAUUGCCAAAAACAGUUUGCAGAAAUAAAGAAUGCAAUUUCAAUGCAGCCAUUGAAAUUUUUUACAAGCCAUGUCUAGAAACAGACGGAAAGGAAUGUUCAGGAAAUGGGUUUUGCGCAUCAGAUCUCACUUGUGUUUGCAAGAAUUUUUUCAACUUAACUGACAACUGUAGUACAAAACUUAAUCCCAUUAACGGUGAAUGGAGCAGUUGGUCCUAUACAAAGUAUUGGACCAAGAGUUGUUUUGAAGGCAGCCAAAAAAGAUAUCGUUUUUGUUCUAAUCCUGCACCUCAGAAUGGUGGUAUGGAAUGUGCUGGUAAUUCUCGUGAAGAAAUAGUUUGUACAGAAAAUCAUUGCCCUGAUAUAGUAGCAUGGUGUAAAUCUGAUGCAAGAUGUAUUAAAGAUAUGUUAGAAAGCGGUUUAAAAGCUGACAUCACUGAAACAUUAACUUCAAUUAAUGAAUCAUUCUAUUUAACCUAUGAAGAAAAGAUUGAUAUUGUUGCUACCAAGAUAACAGACAGAAUUUAUUUAAAUUCUAUCCGCGAUGUAUCCCUUUUAGCAGAUAUUCUUGCACAAGGUCAAUCGAUAAAGGUAUUGGGAAAUGUUUUGGGCUUGGUUAAUAUAGUUUUAGAUCUUGAUCAAGCAUUAAUUUUAAAAGCACAAAAUGAACACAAUUCUUCUAACAAGUUUUUGGAAACAAUUGACAUAAUGGCACAGACAUAUUCUAAGAAUUAUCUGUUUCAAACUUUUGUUUCAACAAAUAUAGGAAUGAGUAAUAACAAAGCUCCUCAUACAGAUAUUUAUAUAGUGGCAUUUGAAAACUCAAAUAAAGAUAUGGUUGUAUUUAUAGAUAACAAUUUCUUUUUAAACGAAGGAAACAACGAUGCAGUUAUAAUGAUUCCGAAGGCAGCCAUUUCUCAGCAUAGCCUUAUGUAUGCCUUCAUUUAUCGAAAUCCAUACUUUUUUCUUAAUACAAACGGAUUUGUAUCCUUAUCUGAUUCUAGAUCAGUGGGAGCAUUAAUUUCAAGUGCUGUUGUUUCAGUUAGUAUUCUUAAUCAGACUAUUAAUAACUUAAGUGAACCAAUUUCUAUUACAUUUAAAAAACCAAGAAAUCAAAAAGGAAAUUUUAAUUGUUACUUUUGGAACUCAAGUAUUAAUGCAUGGUCAAACAAUGGAUGUUACAAGUUUAAUGAAUCAAAUGCAUAUGUAUUUUGUAUGUGCAACCAUCUCACAAAUUUUGCACUUAUUUUGGAUACCUCUCAAAUUGGAUACAAUCCUUUAGAAUUAAAAGUUAUAACUUGGAUUGGAUGUGGUAUUUCCAUAGUAACUUUACUGUUAACAGUUUUAAUACUGUUACGAAGGAAUCUUCGAAAAGAUCGCACUCAUAAAAUUCAUUUCUUUAUGUGUGUAUCUUUACUUACUCUGCUAAUAUUAUUCAUUACUGCUGCAGAACGAAGGAAAUCUUCUUUAAUUAAAUGCAAAAUUGUUGCUGCUGGUUUGCAUUACUUUGUCUUGACCACAUUUUGUUGGAUGGCUGUUGAAGGAGUAAACCUAUAUCAAAAAAUUACUGUAAUGAGUAAACUGGAAACUAGAUCUUUUAUGGUUAAGUCUUCGUUAUUUGCAUGGGGUGUGCCUUUACCCAUUGUUAUCUACAUUGGCGUUGUUCAUUCUAAAUAUCUUGGUAACUCUAAAAUUUGCACAGUUCAAGGUUAUCCAUUUUACAUUGGAAUGUUGCUACCUGUAACUUGCAUUAUUGUUGUUAAUUUGUUUGUUCUUUUACUUGUAAUUAUAAAGAUAUCUAAACCGAAACUUGAUCUUUCUGCAAAUUUUAAAGAUGAAGGAGCAUUUAUUCGAUUCAAAAAAGAUGUUAAAACUGUAUUUAUUUUAAGCUGCUUACUAGGAACUACUUGGGUGUUUGCUGUGCUUGCAAUAGGCUUUCAAUAAUAAGAAAAUGUCGUAUUCAGAAGCCGCUUGAUGCUAUAACAUUUCUAAAGAAAUAUUUUUUGCAGAUUAAAAGAAAUAAAUAAAGCUGUUUGUGUUGGUGGGCCAGGAGCAAUUUGCCAAGUAACAGAGUUAAACUUUUACAGUUUAUGAUGUUGGAGUUUUAAAAAUUGUAAAAGAAUAACGGAAGCGAAUUGUAGAAGUUUACUUGGUUAGAAAUUCUUAUCUAAGUUUGAGUAACCCACAGUUUCCUGCUAUGUUAAAAGACGUUAUUGUGAAGAAAAGCUUUAAAGCAGAAAUUGCACGUAUUGGUUUCAAAAAUACUGGUAUAUUUCCACUCGAUCGUUCAAAAAUAACUACAGAUAAAACUGCAGGACUAUUUCUUGAAGCGUAACAAAUGACAAAAUUGAAGAUUGUUUUUCUCGAAAGUUGGCUGAUUCACAAGUUUCACUGGAUAAUACUAUUUUAUUUUUAAAAAACUCUAUGAAUAGACUUUCAAUAAAAGUAAUAAUGCUUAAAGAACUGGAUAGUAUCAAUAAUGUAAUAAAACAAGCAUCUUUAUAAAUCAGUGCUCAGUGGGCUUAGAGAUAGAUUGAAGCUUCUUACCGGUAGUUAAGAAAAGGGAACAAUUAUCAAAACAAUAACAUAUUAUAAUAUGACUGAAUUAUGCCACGAUCUGUAAUCUCCAUCAUGUUAAUCAUCUUUGUUAUUUCUGCCGAAUCGUGGAACGAAGCUAUAAGCAGCAAAUGAUUUGCGUGUGAAAAGUGUUCAACCAAAGUGGUAGUGUUUUCCUUGUAUUAUCACGAAAUAAUUGAGUUCGUGUGCAAGGAAUGUGAAUAACUUUUAUUAGUUUUAAUUUUUGUACUUUGUUUUGUUUUAUUUUGUCAUGUUUUAAA